AUGUCUUUAGCUAGAACAAGUUAAAGUUCAAAACAUUAAAGGAAUAGUGAGAGUCGUUUUCAACAAUAAAUUAAAACUUUAGUUCAGAAUAUCAAUAAUCCACCUUAAAGUUUAACAUAAUAAUGGAUAAAAGAUAAGGAAAAUGAAUAAAAAUAAUUAUUUGAAGAAGUUAGAUAAAGCGAAUUUGCAGGAAGAUCAUAAACAAUUACAUAAUUAACAGAGUUAGCAAAAAAAAUUGGAAAAAUAAAGAAAAAUUUUUUAAGUUUUACGGAUGAUCGAAUGAGAACACCAGCAUCAGAUAAAAAGAGUCGUAAAUCUACUAAAUCAGGGAAAUCAGUGAAAAGUUAAAGUAGAAAGUAGAGCAAAUUAUCCCAAUCAAGAGGGUAAUUGAAAAGCCUAGAACAGAGUAGAAGUAAAUCAUCAAAAAAAAGUAAAAAAGGAUUAAAGUCAUCAAAAACACAAUAAACUCCAAAAUUUACAAAAAAAACUUUUGAAAAUAAGUUAGGUAGUUUUUCCAAGGUUGUGUAAAACUAAAAAGAUAGCAUAAGACCUAAUGUUAGAAAAACAGAAUCAAGAGGUUCUAAACAUGUUGCAGACCGUAGUUUAAGGUAAAAUUUUUAAAUAUAAUUAAGUCCACCUAGAUCAACUUUAAAUUCAUCUAAAAAAUAAUAAUAUAAUAGAAAAGAGUAUGGUACUUAUUAUGACGAUGGAAGUUCAAUAACAGAAUCAAGUGAUUCAAAAGAAAUGAUAAACCUAAAAGUAAACUCAAAAAAACAAUUAUUAAAAUAUGAAACUCUUCU